AUGCUCUCGUACGUUUCUCUGGCCGUCUGCAUCGGAAUCGCUCUGGCCGCCAACAAUGUUGAGCAGGAUGUGAAGAGCGCCGUCAACGAGGUCACCACCACUAAGGUAGGCGGACUCUAGAAUAAGAGCAUCCCUACCGUCUAUUCAAGACGAUGUAUCUCAGCUGUGUGUAAAGCUAUCAAAAAGUUGUCAACUGACAAAAUGUACACAAUGUCUUUCUAAGCAUUUGAUCAGUUGACAACUUUUUGAAAUCUCUACAAACCGCUAAGAUAUCCAUCAAUUUGCAGGACGGAGACACCUACUGCCCGGUGCCACUGGUGGGAACCAAGUGCGGAACGUCGAGCAUCUUCCACUACUGGAAGUGCUGCGGAGACCUCAACAAGGAGUGCUGCUUCAACCUCCAGGUUCGGACAAGCUCUGGAAAUUUGAUAACGUUUCCUUGCAGACGUGGGUGUGGGUGACGCUCGCCCUGUUCGGAGUGAUCUUCGUCGCCUCGUUCGUCAUCUCGCUCGUCCGUUGCAUCUGCUGCCGCAAGUGA